AGUCAAGCACCAGCCUCAACUACAAAGCACUCGGGUGGGCGACUGCAAGUCAUGACUACACGGCGGGACAACAGUUCGCGUUGAUACAUUCAUUUUAACUGGAAUCAAAAAGAAAAACAGGCUGAAUCUUCGACAUCUGAAGGAAAAAAAAAAAAAAAGAGAUUUGUACGUCUGCUACCUCUUGUCCAGAAUCUGGUACAAAUAUUCCUACAAAGCCCACAAAGAUGGAGGAAGCUGUGAACCGAUGUGACAGUUGUAAGUCAGGAUUUGUGGACUACGAGAGUCUGAUGAGCAAGUCGGCCAAGAGAAUCGCCACACCUGUACUCCGGGUACUCCAACAAUACCAGACGGACACAACCAACAUCUGCAUGGGUGGCGGGUCACCUGACCCUGCGACAUUCCCCAUUGCUGAGCUGCAGUUUAAACUCAAAGACGGCACAGUCCUACAAGUGGACCCCGACACCCUCGCUGCAGCCGGCGUGCAAGUGGACGGUCUGGGGGGCCGCGAGAGGGUGUGGUCUACAUCAUCCGUCGGCACCACAGAUCAACUCUUACUGCCCAGCUCCUGA